AUGGAUUACUCCCACCCCGCCUAUUUCAACGCUCAGCCGUAUCAGUUUAUGGGAAUCCCGCCUCUGACGCCGUCCCAUUCCAAUUCUGCGCCCUCGGAGGAGUUCAACACGACUUCUCCUCCUGAGAUCUUUGGCGACCUGCCCAAUGAUCAGUUCCAGGGCUUCGACCAGUAUGCUCCGUUCAACGCCCAGCAUCAGGCAUUCCCCAACCCGCCGACGCCGCCGAACCAGCACCAUGCCGGCCAUGCUGCCCAGCACCAGGUCCAGCCCGCCCUGAACGGUGCUGCAUCCGUCGGACAGAAUGUGGCCCUCAAGGCCCAGCCGCCCUCCAUGGACGGCCUCCCCUCGGCCCAAGCCGACCCUUCCUCCCUCGACAAUGGUCAGAGGGCCGGCUCCAAUUCGGACGAUGACGAUCUCACCCCGGCCCAGUCGCGGAGGAAGGCCCAGAACCGUGCAGCUCAGCGAGCAUUCCGAGAGCGCAAGGAGCGACAUGUCAAGGACCUCGAGGCCAAGCUCGCUACCCUCGAGGCUAGCCAGCAGGAGACGGUGUCAGAAAAUGAGCGAUUGAAGCGCGAUCUGCAAAAGGUCAACACCGAGAAUGAGAUCCUGCGAGCCACCUCUUCCAUGGCUGCCGCCGUUUCUCCCGGAGCCGGCCAUGGGAUACAUGCCACGACUACCGGCCCGUUGACUUACUGCCCGACCGAUUUCUACGACGACCUGCUACAGAACCACGACAACAAGACGCCGAGCCACCGAGUCGCCUAUUCGGAAAACGGACAACGGCUGCUGGGCGCCGGUGCCGCGUGGGAUAUCAUCAUCAGCCACGACCUGUUCAAGCGGGGUCUGGUCGACAUCACGGACGUCAGCAACCGCCUCAAGAGCCAAGCCAAGUGCGAUGGCCAAGGUCCCGUCUUCGAAGAGCGCGCUGUCAUUGCUGCCGUCGAGCAGAGCGUGGCCAGCGGGAGUGACGAGCUAUUAUAA